AUGAGCACGAUAAGAUGCUAUGAGCCAACGUGUGAUAGUGAGGCUAAGCUUUUAUGCAAUUGCACUUCACCUGCGACUUAUAUUUGCACAAAUCAUAUUCUGGAGCAUAUAGAAUCUAGCGACAAUCCUCAUCAUGUCAGCAAAAUUGUUGUAGAGCCUUUUAAAGGCACAGGAGAAGCAAUUCUUCACUUUCUUUCAGAAAAAAAAUCAAAAAUUGACAAAAUUAAGGCAAAUAUAAUCAUAUCCUUUACUCAAACUCUUUCUGGUUGUAACAAUAUCCUUAAACAACUUGUAAAAGAAAUCAACUCUUAUUCUUUAGAAAUUGGCAGCUACGCCGAAAAAGUAAGGCAAGCACAAAAACACUCGUAUAUAAGGUAUGAUUCAGCCUUAAAUUUGUUAGUCUUGCAGACAAAUAUAGCUGUUGAAAAAGCUAAAACAAUUUUUACAGUAAUAUCAAAUAAUAAUAUCGGGUUAUUAUCUGAAUUAAAUAAACAAAUUGAUGCAGUUAUUAAGAGCUUUCACGAAGAAAAGUCCAAAGUUACUCCAUAUGAAAUCAAUUUUGAAUUGAAAAACAUUCAUACGAACUUUGAAAAUAAAGAGGAUACGUUGCAGCAAGUAUUAAGCGAGUAUAAAGAAGCUAUCAGAAUUGAUCCAAAUUAUGCUGAUGCAUACAAUGGCAUAGGGGCUAUCUUCUUAAAUGAAAAUAGAUAUGAAGAAGCAGUACAACAGUACAACGACGCAAUUAGAAUCAACCCAAGCUGUGCAACUUAUUAUUCAAAUAAAGGAGCUGCUCUUAGGCAUUUAGGCAAGAGAGAAGAAGCUCUGAAAUGCUAUAAAGAAGCUAUCAGACUUGAUCCAAAUAAUGCUUAUACAUACAACGAAAUAGGAUUUAUCUUCUAUGAUGAAAAGAGAUAUGAAGAAGCAGUGAAGCACUACAACGAUGCAAUUAGAAUCAACCAAUACGAUGCAAAAUAUUAUUCAAAUAAAGGAGCUGCUCUAGGCGAGUUAGACAGAAGAGAAGAAGCUAUGGAAUGCUACAAAGAAGCUAUCAGAAUUGAUCCAAAUAAUGCAUAUGCAUACAAUGGCAUAGGAAUUAUCUUCUUUAAUGAAAAGAGAUAUGAAGAAGCAGUACAACAUUGCAACGACGCAAUUAGAAUCAACCCAAACAAUGCACUUUAUUAUUCAAAUAAAGGAGAUGCUUUAUAUGAAUUAAGCAGAAGAGAAGAAGCUAUGGAAUGCUAUAAAGAAGCUAUCAGAAUUGAUCCAAAUAAUGCAUCUGCAUACAAUGGCAUAGGAGUUAUCUUCUUUAAUGAAAAGAGAUACGAAGAAGCAGCACAACAUUACAACGACGCAAUUAGAAUCAACCCAAAUUCUGCAAUUUAUUAUUCAAAUAUUGGAAAUGCUCUUAGAGAGUUAGGUAAAAGAGAAGAAGCUAUUGAAUGUUAUAAAGAAGCUAUCAGAAUUGAUCCAAAUUAUGAUAAUGCAGAUAAUGGUAUAGGACUUCUCUUCUAUGAUGAAAAAAGAUAUGAAGAAGCAGUGAAACAUUACAACGAUGCAAUUAGAAUCAACCCAAACUGUGCAGCUUAUUAUUCAAAUAAAGGAGAUGCUCUAUAUGAGUUAGGUAGAAGAGAAGAAGCUAUGGAAUGCUCACAAGAAGCUACUAGAAUAGAUCCAAAUUAUGCUCAUGGACAAAAAGGGAUAGAAUUUCUCUUUUAUAAUGAAAAUAGAUAUGAAGAAGCAGUGAAACAUUACAACGAUGCAAUUAGAAUCAACCCAAACAAAGCGCUUUAUUAUAAAAAUAAAGGAUAUGCCCUUAGAGAGUUAGGCAGGAGAGAAGAAGCUCUGGAAUGCUAUAAAGAAGCUGUCAGAAUUGAUCCAAAUUAUGCUUAUGCAUACAAUAGCAUAGGAUUUAUCUUUGCAAAUGAAAAUAGAUAUGAAGAAGCAAUAAAAUAUUAUAGCAAUGCAAUUAGAAUCAACCAAAACGAAUCACUUUAUUAUUCAAAUAAAGGAAAUGCUCUUAGAGAGUUAAGCAGAAGAGGACAAGCUAUGAAAUGCUAUAAAGAAGCUAUCAGAAUUGAUCCAAAUGAUGUAUCUGCGUACAAUGGCUUAGGGUUUAUCUUCUGAGAUAAAAGGAGAUAUGAAAAAGCAAUAAAAUAUUUUAACGAUGCAAUUAGAAUCAACCCAAACUCUACACUUUAUUUAAAUAAAGGAGUUGCUCUAGAUGAAUUAGGCAGAAAAAAAGAAGCUAUGAAAUGCUAUAAAGAAGCUAUCAGAAUUGAUCCAAAUAACUCUAUAACAUACAAUAGAAUAGGAAUUAUCUUAGAAAACGAAAAGAGAUAUGAAGAAGCAGCAAAGCAUUACAACGAUGCAAUCAGAAUCAACCCAAACUGUGCACUUUAUUAUUCAAAAAAAGGAAAUGCUCUUAUAGAGUUAGGCAGAAGAGGAGAAGCUAUGGAAUGCUAUAAAAAAGCUAUCAAAAUUGAUCCAAAUAAUUCAUCUGCAUACAAUGAUAUAGGAGAUAUCUUCUAUAAUGAAAAGAGAUAUGAAGAAGCAGUACAACAUUACAACGAUUCAAUUAGAAUCAACCCAAACAAUGCACUUUAUUAUUCAAAUAAAGGAGUUGCUCUAGAUGAAUUAGGCAGAAGAAAAGAAGCUAUGGAAUGCUAUAAAGAAACUAUCAGAAUUGAUCCAUAUUAUGCAUAUGCUUACAAUUGCAUAGGAAAUAUCUUCUUUAAAGAAAGGAGAUAUGAAGAAGCAUUAAAACAUUUUAACGAUGCAAUUAGAAUCGACUCAAACUCUGCGGUUUAUUAUUCAAAUAAAGGAACUGCUCUUAGAUUAUUAGGCAGAAGAGAAGAAGCUAUGGGAUGCUAUAAAGAAGCUAUCAGAAUUGAUCCAAAUAAUUUAUCUGCAUACAAUGAAAUAGGAGAUAUCUUCUGUUAUGAAAAUAGAUAUGAAGAAGCAGCGAAACAUUAUAACGAUCCAAUUAGAAUCGACCCAAACGAUGCAAAAUAUUAUUCAAAAAAAGGAGCUGCUCUUAGAGAUUUAGGCAGAAGAGAAGAAGCUAUGGAAUGCUAUAAAGAAGCUAUCAGAAUUGAUCCAUAUUAUGCUAAUGCAUACAAUGGCAUAGGACUUCUCUUUUAUAAUAAAAAGAGAUAUGAAGAAUCAAUAAAAUAUUAUAACAAUGCAAUUAGAAUAAACCCAAACAAAACACUUUAUUAUUCAAAUAAAGGAGUUGCUCUAGAUGAAUUAGGCAGAAGAAAAGAAGCUAUGGAAUGCUAUAAAGAAACUAUCAGAAUUGAUCCAUAUUAUGCAUAUGCUUACAAUUGCAUAGGAAAUAUCUUCUUUAAAGAAAGGAGAUAUGAAGAAGCAUUAAAACAUUUUAACGAUGCAAUUAGAACCGACUCAAACUCUGCAAUUUAUUAUUCAAAUAAAGGAACUGCUCUUAGAUUAUUAGGCAGAAGAGAAGAAGCUAUGGAAUGCUAUAAAAAAGCUAUCAGAAUUGAUCCAAAUAAUGCUAAUGCAGACAAUAGCAUAGGACUUCUCUUCUAUGAUGAAAAGAGAUAUGAAGAAGCAGUGAAAUAUUACAACGAUGCAAUUAGAAUCAACCUAAACUAUGCACAUUUUUAUGCAAAUAAAGGAGAUGCUCUAUAUGAGUUAGGCUGAACAGAGAAGCUAUGGAAUGCUAUAAAGAAGCUAUCAGAAUUGAUCCAAAUUAUUCAUUUGCAUACAAUUGAAUAG